CAUCUUAACUAGGAAAAGGGUUUUGGGGGUUUCACAGACUGAGAGGUUUACUGAGGAAGCCCAGACCCAGACGACGGUCCGUAAUGGCGGAUUCGAGAUCGGAGAUUCUCAAACGGUUGCGCUGCCAUCACUGCGCCGGCCCUCUUACCAAAGAAGCGGCAACUAGCGGUUGGACGAAUCGACCACUGCUCAGAGACAGUUUCUCCAUGAUUGGAACUGCUGUUGGUGGUACAGCCGGUGCAUUCUAUGGGUUUAAUCAUGUGAUGCCGAUAGUUCAGAAGUACAUAAAAAGGGCCAAUGUGGGUGCAUUUCUUUGUUGGUGACUGAGGCUUAUUUGUUCGGAGUCUUCUUCACCUGUUCGUAGUUCCUACUUGAAAAAGUACAUUUCUUUUAAUAUGCAGGCACCUCCAGUGAUCGUAUUCGCUUCGGCAUGUGCUGGAUUUGCAGGUGGUGCGAUUCCAGCACUAGCACAACUUGUAUCUUCUGGGUAUCAUGCUGCCGUUUCAUCUCCAUCUUUGAAUCCUCAAGAAGAUAAAGUGCAUAGGUCCGGAAGCUCUUCUACCUUGUAAGGUGUUAUGGUUGACAGUGCACAGAGACAUUCGUGUCUCCCUUCCAAUUUCUGUCUGGCAUUUAAAAGUGAAGCUGGUGGUGACUGGUUGUUAGGCUUGGCUGGCUAAGGAGGGCUGGUUCUCGAGGGUUUUUGCACAUGCUCAUACUAUCCUCAUCUUUAUGUCGCUCGGUUGUAUAUGCCACCAUGAUAUGCUUCCUAUAGUUGCUUAUAGUUACGAUUCAACCACAGCCUUUGUUGCUCUUUGUGUUGUUGAAACUUAUUACGUUAAAGAUUACUCGUGUAAUUGAGAUAUGCAGUUUUGUUCUACUGUAUUUCACUUACCCCUAUAAAAAAUAAACGAUUUUACAGAUAUCAAAAUAGUUUAUAUCCACAGCAAGACAACAUGGGUUUUGUUUUGUACUUUCAGAAACAUUUAACGGUUCUUUGUUUUUCAGAUAUCAGAAGAAAUAGAUAGCUCUUAUCUUAAAAUUCAAAAAUAUUACAAGAAUGAAUCCCACUCAUGAUCUCUCCCAAUACCAUCCAUUUUCAACUUCCAGCUACCUGGUUCUGCAAAUCCAAUCCCUGGAUCUUUCCCUUCCUCAAUCUGUCUACUAACCUUGCCAACUCUUUCCAACAUUCCCUUCACUGCUAUAUCGAAUGCAUCUUCAAAGUCCUUCAAUUUCGAUCUUGGAUCCCGAUAAAUCACCUUUGGGAUCAACUUUAUUACUUCCUGUCUCAUGGACGCUAUUUCUGCCGUUGGGACUUGAAGCAGCCGCUUUCUGAUGCUGACUCUCGCUUCUCUUACCAUCUCUUCUGGUAUGUAAACAGAAUACGAUGAGUAGUUCCUUGGUAGGUGCCAUAUGUACUGGCCAUAAGCCGAAAAGGGAUGGAAGAACACAGGGAUACACCCUGCCAGUAUAGAAUCGAAAGUCGACCUUCUAGUAUAUGAAUCGCCUGCAGGCUGCAGACAGAACACCGAGUUCUGGAAAACUCUCAUCACCUCAACCGGACUAUCACAUUGGCUGCCAGAGUGACAAUUAAGAAGUUUGCAUUUCUUUCUUGAACCCAAGCACUGAUUUAUGAGCUCUCCGCGGAUGGACUCUGUCAUGUUGGCUCGUGGCGCCCCAACGAAAGAGAAAAGGUAUGGCCUUUUGUGUCUUUUCAUUCUUUUCUGCCAUUGCUGCACUUGUUUUGCUGCAGAAGGAUGGAAGUAAGUGGGGUAUGGAAUUGCAAACUCAUUGCUCCACGAAGUUGUCUCGAUUGAAAGCAUUGUCAUGUUCAUUGAUUCGGGAAGCUGCAUCAGCUUGCCACCCCAGUGUGAGUCAUCAUCGUCUGAUCUUCGAAGGUCCCAAGCAAUUCUUCCUGAAAUUAAGAAAUGGUCUCUUCCCCAUAAACCUCUCUUCGUCCAUUCAGGCUGGUUUUUGAGCCAGCUCACCAGCUCAACACCCAGAGCAUCCCUUGCAGUAGUAUUAUAACCCCAUAAGUGCCUGCCAAUAUCGAAACCAGCAUAAAACGGCACAAAAAUUGCCGAGGCUAACGAUGAAUCAUUGGUUAAACACUCAUAGCCCUUCAUCCUGUGACGGAAAAUGACUGCAAGAGUGAACUGAUUGGUUGCAUACCAGCUAUUCUCCACUAAAACCUUACCAGGGUCCCUGACUUGAGUGCCAAGUCCAAGGUUUGUCAGAGAUUGGCACAUGUCGAACCAUUUCACCAGCGAAUAACUACAGUUCUCGAUCACAUCAUCGUUGAAACGACUUGGAAGAUCAUGAACAUAGAUAUAACGGCCAGAGCAAGUGUCUCCACUGACAUCCCUAUCACUUCCAUUGGUCUCACUGGGAGAUUCGGUGAGUAGAGGAGGAUUUGGGUCGAACAAGCUGG